GUCUACCUGGCUCUCUGGACACUGAACAACAUGAAGUUUUAGUAAAUUUGAAACACCGACUUUUCAGACUGGAGGCUGUGCUUGCUUUGAAUGGGAAAAUAAGAGAAGUAGGAGAGAAAAUGCUUGCCAGCAAUGGGAAGAAAGUUAAUUUUGCAUCUGCACUUGAAUCCUGCAAAGAGGCUGGAGGAACUCUUGCAGUGCCCAUGAAUGAGCAGGAGAAUAAAGCUGUUAUGGACAUUGUGAAACAGUAUAACCAAUAUGCUUACUUGGGCAUUAAAGAGCGUGAGACUUCAGGUCAGUUUCAGAGUAUAAAUGGCAUGACUCUGAAUUACACCAAGUGGCAUGAACGUGAGCCUAAUGGCAAAGGGAAAGAAAAAUGUGUAGAGAUGUACACUGAUGGGACCUGGAAUGACAAAAAAUGCAACCUGUAUCGUCUCACAAUUUGUGAAUUUUAA